CAGGUCACGCGCAUGCGCAGGGGCGCAGGCAGGCCGGCAGGCAGGCGUCUGCUGGGUGCUGGUCUUGUUGGCCGGUUUUUGCCCGGCAGCUUGAGAGGGCUAUGGCGGAGGCAGUGUUGGAAGAUGGGCUAUGCAGUUUCGUGCGGCCACUAGAGAAGCGGGACGGCACAGUGCUGCGGCUCCAACAGUACGGCUCAGGCAGCGUGGGCUGUGUGGUGUGGGACGCCGCCAUCGUCCUGGCCAAGUACCUGGAGACGCAGCACUUUUCCGGCGGCGCUGCAGCCGGGACACAGGCUCUGCGCCAGAGAUCAGUCCUGGAGCUGGGAGCUGGCACUGGCGCUGUAGGGCUUAUGGCGGCCACCCUUGGGGCAGAUGUGAUAGUCACAGAUCUCGAGGAACUGCAGGACUUGCUGAAGUUGAAUAUUAAAAUGAACGAGCAUCUCAUCACUGGUUCUGUCCAAGCCAAGGUACUGAAAUGGGGCGAAGAAAGAAAAGACUAUCUCCCUCCACCUGAUUACAUAUUGAUGGCUGACUGUAUAUACUAUGAAGAGUCUUUGGAGCCAUUGUUAAAGACUUUAAAGGAUUUCAGUGGGCCUAAGACCUGCAUCAUAUGUUGUUACGAACAACGAACUAUGGGGAAAAAUCCAGAAAUAGAGAAAAAGUAUUUUGAGGAGAGCCUCAUUGGUUAUGUGUACCACCUACUGACACUCACCAUAUGCAUCUGUAUUGACCUCUGCUUGAUAUUCAUCGUGUAGUUUCUUAGAGGAAGUAAUUCACAAGCAAACAUUGACAAUAAUUUAAACAAGCAUCAGUAUUAACUACUGUUGUACUCCCUGGGAAGUUGAGAAUUGAAUAUCAGAACAUGAAGGUGUUUAUGGGACUGCUGAUUAGCUCCUCCAGUUGGAUUUUGACUUGGAAAAGAUUCCUUUGGAGAAACAUGAUGAAGAAUAUCGGAGUGAAGAUAUUCAUAUUUUAUAUAUCAGAAAGAAAAAAUGAGAAAUGACAGCUUUGAAACCUUUCAUCAUUUUUUACAAGUUUGCAACAACUAGAUAAGCUAAACAUGUGAAUUUGGCUUAAUAAGAAUAGCAUGAAAAAAGUUUUCCUCACAUAAUCAUGACUUAUUGAAGACACUGGAUUUGAAUAAGAGAAAUAGAAAUAUGGGUGCUACUUUGAAUUCAGAAAUGAAUUCUACUAAAAGUCCUCCAAGGUGACCUUCCAGCCUUCCUAAAAGUGGUAGAUUCCCUGCAUGUUGGAUGAGACUGAUAUGUAACCAAAGCUGUUGUUUGACCCAACAUGAAAUUCUGUUUUAAAGACCAUUUAGUGGUGGAUCAUGUGUUGGGGGAAAAAAUGCUGAGACUGGAAGUCUGCUAAAGUGAUAACUUGGCAUUCUUUCAAGAAUUUGAAGAACAUUUGAUUUUAUUUCUUGAAUGGACAAUUUUUGAACCUCACAACUGUACUUUAAAUUGCUUUCAAUUUAGAUAAAUGUGAAAGGGUCUCAUGGAUUUUAGUUUUGUCCUUAAUAAGCUAGCAAUCUUUGUUUUACAAAUAUUUUUUUUAUUAUAAUUUAAGAUAUAUUUAAUACUUUAAAGCAUUCCAUGUUUGAAGACAAACUGAGCGGGUUCUCAUUUGCUUUUUAAAAAAAUUUGUUAUAAAUUUGAGAAAUACAAACAUUUCUUUGUCCAAAAAAGUAAAGAAAAAUGGGAUUAUGACACUGUGAAACUCAGUUAUGUAGAUAGUUUUAAAAAAUUGUAUAACAUGGUAGUUCCAACACUAUCAUGUAUGUCUUGUAUCUAUCUGCUUCUGAAGUUUCUUCUUUAUUUUGUUUAUUUUUUAAGGUUUCAUUAAUAUUCUUUUAAGUUACCUUUUUUUUGUUAUUACUACCUUUCCAUUUUCCUGCUUAUUAAAGUAAUUAAACAAA